GACACGAACCGGACUGCAAAUCUAUCAGCUACUGGAGCGAGCGAGCCAUAGUUGUUGAAUUAGAGUAGUUAAUUUAUUUUAUAGAUUACAGUGCUUUCUUUUUCCAUUAUCAUAACUAAACAUCCCAGUGUACUUGUUUAUAUUUGUUGAAAAUUAAUAUAUAAGUGUUAAAUAUUGCGUGAUGAGUAGUGACUGGAUUGGUGUGAGGACAGAGAUAUGUUAAUUUAUUUCCCAUGUCACCGGGUUUCACCUACGUUCCUGGGACUUAAAGGUUUACGGUGCCGGAGAUGGUGAAGUGAGUGGUGAGACGGCGAGAUGGUGGCGCGGGUGGUACUCCUGUUAGUGCUCGCGCGGGCCAUGCGAUUGUUCGCACUCGAUAUAUCUCAAUGUAUCGCUCCCCUUGGAAUGGAAAAUGGAUUAAUUCCUGACAAGGACCUCACAGCCAGUUCUUCAUUCAACGAUGGCAACGUGGGCCCUCAAAAUGGACGGUUAAACCAAGAGAUAAAAGGUGGCGCGUGGUGUCCCAAGUCUCAGAUAACAACGGAAUCAACUGAAUGGCUGGAGGUGAACCUGCAUACUGUUCACGUGAUCACGGGUGCAGGUACUCAGGGCCGUUUUGGGAACGGCCAAGGUCAGGAAUACGCAGAAGCCUAUGUUCUCGAGUAUUGGCGCCCUAAAUUGGGGAAGUGGGUCCGAUAUAGAGGCGCCGAUGGUCAAGAGAUUCUCACGGGGAAUGCGAACACAUACCUUGAAAAGAAGAACCACUUGCAACCACCGAUAUGGGCCUCGAAGAUACGCUUCAUACCUUACAGCUCCCAUCGGCGAACUGUUUGUAUGAGAGUCGAACUCUACGGCUGCUACUGGAGCGUUGGUAUAGUUGCAUAUUCAAUGCCGAAAGGAGAUAAACGAUCGAAUGGGAUAGAAUUAACCGAUAUGACAUACGAUGGACAAUGGGGUGAGGAACUUAGAGGAGGUUUGGGUCAAUUGGUAGACGGGCAAUAUGGCGGUGACGAGAUUCGGGAAGCUGCGAGGAAUUCUGCAUGGGUGGGCUGGAAGAAGGAAUCCAGGCCCAAUCCUCCCGUUAUCACAUUUGAGUUCGAUAAAGUGCGUGAAUUCAGCGCCGUUCACUUUUAUUGCAACAAUCGUUUUAUGAGAGAUGUCCAGGUUUUCUCCGAAGCUAUUAUAUCGUUUUCGAUCGGCGGCAGACACUUUCAAGACGAACCUAUUCGUUAUAGUUACGUCGAAGAUAGCAUAUUUGAGAGCUCUCGUAACGUCAGUAUAAAACUUCAUCACCGUAUCGGCAAAUGGGUGAGAAUUGAACUGCGUUUCGCUGCUAGUUGGAUAUUGAUCAGUGAAGUUGUGUUCGAUUCGGAUGUCGCUCAAGGCAAUUACACUCCAGAAACUGUGAAGGCAACUGGUGGAAAAGAAAAAACGAAAUCGAGUACAACCAAAGAUUUACCGAUAUCGACUGCACACCAAGAAGAUCCUUUAUACAUGGCUAUUGUUGUAGGAGUUUUAACAGCUCUAGUGAUACUCUUAGCAGUCGCUGUGUUCCUCAUAGUACAUAGACAUCGACACAGAAAGUGUUUCGCUUCUCCAUUAGCGAAGUCUACAAUUUCCCAGAAGAGGACUGUGACUGAUACAUACAACCCCUGUGGCACAUCUAUGAUGCCUGACAACAAGAUGAUACUAGAUUGCGGUCUAGAUGUCAAAUCUGACGAAUAUCAGGAGCCAUAUCAAGCGCUUAAAUGUGCCCCCUACUUUAGUUAUAGCACAGUAUUGCUCGAAAUGAAAGAUUUUGUUAAGGACUCAAGUACACCUUUAUCAGAUAGUUCUAACUACGAGUACGCGGUGCCAGAGUUGAGUUCAGCGCCGCUGCUGACGAAGCGUCGGCUGGCAGACAGUCUGUCAGGGCGCACCACAGACCCGCUGACAGACCAUGACCCUGAGAUGGGACUCGGGGCACGCCGCUCCGCACCAGCCUCUAUACGCUCCAAGCAUAGCAUUAGGUCGCCGAGUCAACAAGAGGUGUUGACAGAUCUGAAGCGUCGUUUGGAAACAACAAAUGUGAUAGAGUUCCCGCGACACAGACUGCGUAUGAUAUCGAAGUUGGCAGAGGGAGCCUUUGGCACGGUGUAUGUCGCGGAAGCUGACGGUGUGCCUGAGUACAAUGGUAUUGUGACCUCAGAGAAGAGAUUGGUCGCAGUUAAAUUUCUAUGUCAUGAUGCGACCCCCAAGGAGAGGUAUAUCAUGGAGGACUUCGAGAGAGAUGUUCGCAUUUUAGCUGCAUUAUCUUCACCACAUUUGGCGAGAGUGUUAGGUGCUUGUAGGACCCCACCAUUAGCUGUGGUCUUAGAAUACCUAGAAUUAGGUGAUUUGUGUGCAUUCCUACGAUCAGCAGCGCCCCCAUCUGUCGGCUCACUUCUACAUAUUGCAACACAAAUUGCAACAGGCAUGCAGUAUUUGGAAUCGCUGAACUUUGUGCAUAGAGAUUUAGCAGCUAGGAAUAUACUAAUCGGAAAAGGCUAUCAGAUAAAAAUAAGCGACUUUGGUACUGAUAAUGAGGCGUACAUUUGUGACUAUUACAAAGUGGAAGGUCGUGUACCUAUACCAUUACGUUGGGCAGCGUGGGAGACGCUGUUGGGACAUUACACCACCAAAAGCGAUGUGUGGGCCUUUGCGGUUACACUGCACGAAAUAUUCACGUUUUGUAGACGAAGACCUUAUGAACAUCUCACCGAUAACGAAGUACUAGAGAAUCUGGCGCACUUGCAAGCGGAUGAUGGUUUAUUUGAAUGCAUCGAACGUGCACCUGGAAUUCCUCGCGAUCUUUACGAGCUGAUGAGGGAAUGCUGGAAACAUGAUCAAUUGGAAAGACCUGAUUUCGUUGAAGUGAACCUGUUCCUGCAACGGAAGAGCCUCAAUCAUGCGACCACGUGACGGGAUCAUGCGGCUUGUCCGCUAUACACAAGUAUCGGUUACUAACAAACGGCCCGGGGCAAAGGUAAACGUUGUACUUGCUUCACACACGACUAUCAAGUCACUAGGUUUUAAAUACGAUCACUUCAUUUUAG